UGCCGCCCGCGCUGCCGGCCGCCGGGGACCAGGACUGCUGCGGGGAGCGCGUGGUGAUCAACAUCUCGGGGCUGCGCUUCGAGACGCAGCUCAAGACGCUCGGCCAGUUCCCGGAGACGCUGCUGGGCGACCCCGCGCGGCGCAUGCGGUACUUCGACCCGCUCCGCAACGAGUACUUCUUCGACCGCAACCGGCCCAGCUUCGACGCCAUCCUCUACUACUACCAGUCGGGGGGCCGCCUGCGCCGGCCGGUCAGCGUGCCCAUCGACGUCUUCUCCGAGGAGAUCCGCUUCUACCGGCUGGGCGCCGAGGCCAUGGAGAAGUUCCGCGAGGACGAGGGCUUCCUGCGCGAGGAGGAGCGGCCGCUGCCCCGCCGCGACUUCCAGCGCCAGGUGUGGCUGCUCUUCGAGUACCCGGAGAGCUCGGGGCCGGCGCGGGGCAUCGCCAUCGUGUCGGUGCUGGUCAUCCUGGUCUCCAUCGUCAUCUUCUGCCUGGAGACGCUGCCCGAGUUCCGCGACGAGAGGGGCGACUUCGCCUCGCGGGAGCGCCCGGAGGCGGCGGGCAACGGCACGUCGGGGGGCCCCGCGGGCGCCUCCAGCUUCUCCGACCCCUUCUUCGUGGUGGAGACGCUGUGCAUCAUCUGGUUCUCCUUCGAGCUGCUGGUGCGCUUCUUCGCCUGCCCCAGCAAGGCCACCUUCUCGCGGAACAUCAUGAACCUGAUAGACAUCGUGGCCAUCAUCCCUUACUUCAUCACGCUGGGCACGGAGCUGGCCGAGCGCCAGGGCAACGGGCAGCAGGCCAUGUCGCUGGCCAUCCUGCGGGUCAUCCGGCUGGUGCGGGUCUUCCGCAUCUUCAAGCUGUCGCGCCACUCCAAGGGGCUGCAGAUCCUGGGCCAGACGCUGAAGGCGUCCAUGCGCGAGCUGGGGCUCCUCAUCUUCUUUCUGUUCAUCGGCGUCAUUCUCUUCUCCAGCGCCGUCUACUUCGCCGAGGCCGACGACCCCACGUCGCGCUUCAGCAGCAUCCCCGAUGCCUUCUGGUGGGCAGUGGUCACCAUGACGACGGUCGGCUACGGGGACAUGCACCCGGUGACCAUAGGGGGCAAGAUUGUGGGGUCGCUGUGCGCCAUCGCGGGGGUCCUGACCAUCGCGCUCCCCGUGCCGGUCAUCGUCUCCAACUUCAACUACUUCUACCACCGGGAGACGGAGGGGGAAGAGCAGGCCCAGUACAUGCACGUGGGGAGCUGCCAGCACCUGUCGGCGUCGGCCGAGGAGCUCGGGAAGACCAGGAGCAACUCCACUCUGAGUAAGUCGGAGUACAUGGUGAUCGAAGAGGGGGGGAUGAACCACAGCGCUUUCCAAACCCAGACCCCCUUCAAGACGGGCAAUUCCACUGCCGCCUGCACCACGAACAAUAACCCCAACCCCUGCGUCAACAUCAAAAAGAUAUUCACCGAUGUUUAAUCCGAGACACCGGUGGCGCGCUGGGCUCGGCACUGUGUGGGCCGUGCCCCCUUGGUCUGCGUUGGCCCUUGUGUUCCACAUUUCCAGACCAUCCAUCCAUCCAUCCAUCUAUCCAGGAAAGGACAGACGCGGAAAGCACACGCCCUUGGCUCCCCCUGCUGCUUGGCACUGAAACAGGUGUCAGUUUUGCAAGCGGGCUGCGUUCUCUCAG